UUCGAAUGGCAUUCUGUACAGUAACGGACCCGACAUUUCUCUCCCUCUCUCUGUUUUUUCGCGUUACCUGGACCUUCAGCUUGCACGGUCGUUCUUCGCCUGCGUUUUUUCUAAAGAGGAGUCAGAGACCCGAGGUUUGAGAUUGAACUCUGAAGACGGUCACUUUAUGCAAAUCUCGCUAAAAGUUAGGUACGAUGGCUUGGUGGGAAGGUUUUGAUGAGACUCGUCUUCUUGUUGCACCCGUUACAGAUCCUAAAGCAAGCACAAAUUGUUUGGGACGUUUGCUCUCACUUCGCCAUCCCAAAUCUGGAGACCCGACCUGUUAUCUCUUUGCUGAUGGGAAUCUUCACGAACUUCACUGGUUCAAGCAAUCUUAUGGGUCCUGGUUCUUGGGGGAUUAUGUUUGCGAAGAUGGCCGCCUAUAUACAGCCACUCCUGUUGAUCCUGUUUUCAUUCUGUUGCCCAUUUUUGAGGAAGCCCGGAUGAAGAAGGGUGAUGAUCCAGGCAAGUUCAGGCAAUUAGAUGAGAUAAUUUUCAUUAAUGACUAUCCCGGAUAUCAGCAUUUAUCAUCCACAGCUGAAAAAUCAAUGCAAGUAGUUUGUGAUUCUAAAGAAGUUGGAUCCACAAAGUUUUUUAGGCUUAAUGAUUCAAAGGUUUUAGCUUGGUUGAUCUAUAAGGUAUGCCAACUAAAGCGGACUCUACCAACUUUGGGCAAAAACUAUGCUGCUCGAGAUGAGAAGGAUACAUUAGCUGAUGCUGUCUCAAUAUUGGGGGAGUACUUGAAGGAUGAGCCUUGGUUGAAGGUCCUCUGCAGCAAUCUAAACUUAAAUUUACAAGAGUUAGCUAAAGGGCCAGACAGUGAAAUCCUUGCGACUGCAGUAGAAAGUAAUCUUGCGUCUUUCAAUCCUGUACAGGAAAAGAUUAGCAGCGACAAGAAAACUACUAGGACUACAAGGCAAACUAAAAAGGCAAAAGUGGAGACGAAUACCAGAAAUAUCAAAGAUAUGUUCUCCAUGGCUUCAAGAAGGUGAAAUGAACCUGUUUAACUUAAUUAGAAAGGCCCUACAAAUCGAUUCAUUGAAUUGGAUGAUGCCUUCGUUCUAUGUUAUUUUUUGAAUCGCAUUGCCCGGGUGGUGAACUAACAUGUUAUUUGCCUUCAUGAAAAUGAAUGUGUUGUACCAUUAUGUUGAUUA